AUGGAGAGCCUCCCCAACGACGUCAUCCUUCUCAUCGGAGAUUAUCUCGAGGAUCGCGGAGACUGCUACAAUGCAGUCCUGGUCAAUAGUCGCUUCCACGCUCUUUUCUCGCGUGCGCUUUUUCGCUUUGCGAUAUUGAGGAAUCUUACACAGCUUCAACUCUUUUUGAAAGCAAUUGUUCGUCAACCGAGUUUAGCAUCUGUCAUCCAAUUCCUCGAUCUAUCCCGAUGGGAAUCUGCGCCGGCGCAGCGUUCUCUUGAUUCCGAUGAGCUCGCACAGCUGUCCACAUGGGCGCAGUCAUUCAGCCACUCCAAUGAAGAGCAUGUUAAAUGGGAGCAGGAUCUCCUCAACGGCAAUGAAGAGGCGUGGGUCGCCCUCCUCUUGUCGCUAGCGAACAAUAUCCGGCAGCUCAAGCUGGCAUACCCCCGUGAGAACAAAUACCUCAAUCGGAUUUUCGACAGGGCUGUGAGCAGCGAAAGACAGUCUGCCAAGUUUCUCCGCUUGGAAGAAGUAUCGUUGAGACAUAUGGAAGAUGGCGAGAGCAAGGGAAGUCUUUCGCCUGCUCAGAUUCUCCCCUUCUUCCGGAUGCCAUCUAUGCGGACAGUCGACGCCGACACGGUGAUUGAACCCGUGGUGACCACCGGCGCCAGCGAGCGUGAAGCCGAAGACGAAAUUGGGGGAGAAUCCGCUCAAUACUCCUCAGUCACAAACCUCACCCUUAGCACCAGCAACGCCGCGCAAGGGCUCGAAUCCCUCCUCAGCUUCUGCCCAUCCCUCGAAUCCCUCAAAUACCAACACUCGGACGACCACGCGCUUGCCUCAGGCUUCCAGCCGGCAUCCUUCUUUACUUCGCUCGCAUCCAGCAAACCCACCCUGGAAACCCUGUGGCUCGACAACCUCGGGACGCACCACGCCUUCAUAGCCAGCGGCGUCAACGAAACGUAUGAGGGAUACUUUGGUUCUCUAGCAGAUUUCGCAGUCCUGAAAGACCUCCGUAUCCGUCUUCCGAAUCUGCUCGAUGUCGGUUAUACAUUCGAACCCUCGACGCCUCUACCUGAGAUUUUACCAACUUCAAUUGAGAGACUAUACGUUGAGGCAUGCAAGGAGAACUCCCUACCGAUGCUCAUUUCGCAGCUUCAACUCGUCCUCGAAGCUCGGAAAGAGAAGUUCAAAGCGCUGAAGAGGGUGGACAUCGAGGGCUUCUUCCACGUCGAUGAUGAGGACUUAGACGACUCGGGUGCUGAUGGCGCGGCUGGGAUUAGGGAGAGGGUUAUCAAGGAGCGAGUACUCGAGAUGGUUCAGCCCUUGAGGGACGGGUGUGAGGGGCCUAGGGUGCAGCUCUACCUGAGGGAUAGAGCGUGCGCGCAGACAAUGGUUGAAUAG